AUGGCGCCUCCUUCGCAGCAGUCAGCAGUGAUACCCGUUAUUCCACUAGCCAAGAGUACCGUGCUCUUCCCCGGCUCCGUCCUCCGAAUACCCGUUUCCUCGAGCCGAUCCGACAUUCCUGCCCUGAUCUCAAACGUCUACACGCGCGCAUCCGAAGGCUCGAGGCGAGUCGACCAGAUCCCCGUCGUCUGCGUACCCCUGAGCUCGCCGCUUCUAAGCAGAAAAGGCCAGCUUCUGUUGGAGGACGACCCCGACAAGUACAAGGAGCUGCUAGAGGCGAGCAGUAAGAACAUCAGGAAGGAUCGCUUAUACAACUACGGAGUGACGGCCAAGAUAACCGGCAUUCAAGGGCAAAAUGGGGCCGAGUUCAAUCUGCUCGUGCAGGGAAUAUCGCGCGUCUCCAUCGAGAGGGUCACUCAGGAGCAACCCUUCCUCGAAGCCAAGGUCAUACCCUACACCGAUGUGGUCGGAAUCCGCGAACUGCAGAGCUCCGAGUAUCAAGAGCUCUUCGGCACCAUGAAGCGGCUUGCUCGAGAGCUCGUCUCAUAUCUUCGCGUGUCGGCAUUUCUGCUGGCCAGCGGUACAGCCGGCCUGAACCCUCUACUCUCUAGGCGCCUUGAGCAGUUCAUUGCCAAAAAGCAGGCGAACGAGGGUGGUAUGCUGGCCGAUUUCAUGAUGAACGUCGUCGAAGCAUCCUACGAAGAGAAGCUCCGGGUGCUGGCUGCGGUGGACGUCAUGGACCGGAUGCAGAAGGUCAUUGACUUGCUGGAACGCCAGGUGGAUGAGAUCAAGGGCAAUAUCAAAGUAACUACCGUUCACAGCACGUCGAUACCUAUUCACAUCGACCCCGAAGACAUGGAAAAGAUGAGCAAGCGAAAUGUCAAGAAAAUGCAGAUCCCAGGGGCCCCAGCUGGCUUCAGCAUCAGUAAUAUGUUUGGGAGCGGUCAAGGUGGUCAGGGAGACCAGCAAGAAUCGGAUGAGUUGCAGGAGCUGGAGAAGAAGAUUGAGGCUGCGAAGCUGCCUUCUGACGCUGCCAAGGUCGCCGAACGUGAACUCAAGCGGCUGAAGCAGAUGAUGCCUGCUCAGGCUGAGUACCAAGUUGUGAGGACUUACCUCGAGACUCUGGCAGAGAUUCCGUGGUCUGUGGUCACUGAUGACCCUAUUGGCGCCGGGACUCUGGAAAAGGCAAGGAAACAGCUUGAUGACGACCAUUACGGAAUAGAGAAAGUCAAGAAGCGGCUGCUCUCCUACUUGACUAUCGUCAGGCUGAUGCAGACGGCGAAUCAGGCUGUAGAUGUGCAGGUUAAGCAGGCUGAGCAAGAAACAGCUGAUUUGGAGUCAAGUAAGAGCACCGCCAAGGAUGACUCGCUCCUUGAUGCCGACCUGGAGGAGAAGAUCAAGGCAAGCGGCCUCAAAGUUCAGAUGCUAAGAGGCAAGCGAAGAGGCGAGAAGGCACCCAUUCUGUUACUCGUUGGGCCACCCGGUGUAGGCAAAACCAGCAUAGCCCGGUCCAUCGCCUCAGCUCUGGGUCGGAAGUUCCACCGAAUAUCUCUUGGGGGCAUCAGAGACGAAGCCGAAAUCCGAGGACACCGGAGAACGUACGUUGCUGCGAUGCCUGGUACGAUCGUGCAGGGUCUGAAGAAAGUGGGAGUAGCAAAUCCGGUUUUCUUGUUGGACGAGAUCGACAAGCUGGGCAUGUCGAAUCAUAAUGGUGAUCCAUCGGCAGCGAUGCUCGAGGUCUUGGACCCCGAACAGAACCAUGCUUUCACCGACCAUUACGUAAAUACCCCAAUCGAUCUGAGCAAGGUACUCUUCAUCGCCACUGCAAACAGCCUGGAUACCAUUCCUGGGCCUCUACUGGACCGCAUGGAGACUCUCGAAUUCUCCGGCUAUACGACGCUUGAGAAGCGACAUAUCGCCCUACAGCACCUUGUACCCAAACAGAUUCGGGUGAAUGGUUUGACAGAGGAUCAGAUCCAGUUCAACGAAGAAGUGGUGUCCAAGAUCAUCGAGUCGUACACUCGUGAGUCAGGGGUUCGCAAUUUGGAGCGAGAGAUUGGGUCCGUCUGUCGUGCAAAAGCCGUCGAGUUUGUAGAGGCGAACGAUCGUGGCAAACCUGAGACAUACCGCACAAAUUUGACAGUUGAGGACCUCGAGUCGAUUCUAGGCAUCGAGAAAUUCGAGGACGAGAUUGCAGAGAAAAACAACCAACCAGGGAUUGUAACGGGCCUGGUCGCCUAUAGCUCAGGUGGCAACGGCGGUAUCCUGUUUAUUGAGGUUCUCGAUAUGCCGGGCGACGGAAGCGUUGAACUCACGGGAAACCUUGGCGACGUCCUCAAGGAAAGCGUCAAGGUGGCCAGGAGCUGGGUGCGGAACCACGCCUAUGAGCUAGGUCUGACUUCGGAGCCGACGGAGAAUAUCAUGAAGAACCGUAGCCUACACGUCCAUUGCCCGUCCGGAGCUAUCCCUAAGGACGGCCCGUCGAGUGGUAUGGCUCAGGCCAUUGCCCUUAUUUCGCUCCUCUCGGGACGAUCUGUCUCACCGACAAUGGCUAUGACAGGAGAAUUCCAGCUCUCUGGCCACGUAAAGAGGGUUGGCGGGAUCAAAGAGAAACUGAUAGGGGCAUACCGUGCAGGUGUCAAGACAGUACUUCUGCCGGCGCAAAACGAGAAGGAUGCCAGAGAAGUGCCCGCUGAAGUGAGCAACGGUCUGAACAUCAUAUACGUCAGCCACAUCUGGGAAGCCAUGCGCCAUGUCUGGCCUGAAGCGCAGUGGCCAGUUGAGACGAGUUUCCCACUUCAGUCUCGCUUAUAG